CGCAGCCUAUUUGCAGACUCACAAAAUUUCUUCCGGUUCAGAAGUGUCCAGACCUGGCUCGCCUUGCUCCGCCUCGCUCCACCUGGCCACGCCUUGCCACGCCUCCUCAUGCCUUCCCCGCGCUAAAUGUGCAACUCGCGAAACAGCUGACCGCCUUGGGCGAUUUCCUGCCGCCUCGCUCCGACGCGCGCGAAGGCUUGCCUUUGAAAACACUGCUCAGCAUGCAAGGCCAUGCCUCCUCUGGUAACUUUGCAAAAGCCCUGGACUUUUUGAACUCAAUGAGAAAUGUGCCGGGCAAACCCACUGUGUAUGAUUUCAAUGCUUUGCUUUACUCUUACUUAAAGUCACAAAGUGUAUUAUUAGAAUAUGUGGUUCAGGUUUACCACGGAAUGGAAAGAUUCGGGCCCACCCCAAAUGCUUCGACUUUCAAUGUGCUUUUGAAUGGUAUGCUAUCGCUUGGUCAUCUAAAAGAUGCUUUUGUGAUUGCUGAAGAUAUGUUUGGGGGUGGGUUCUUACCCUCGUUUACUUCUUUGUCGAAAAUCUUGAAAAAGAUGCUUCAAGUUGGGGAUUUAGUUAACUCAAUUGGCGUUUUUAAGCUUAUGUUGAAGUUGGAGUAUUUUCCGACCGAACCCAGUUUGAGUUUGUUGAUUUCUAAGCUUAGUAAAGCCAGGAUGAUCCAAGAGGUGUGGUUUGUAUGCUAUGCUCUUAUGAGUAAGGGUCAUUUUUUUGGUGCUUAUGUCUAUAACCCUAUACUUUGGGCUUUAUGUAAGUCUGGUCAGAGUUAUAAUGCUUUGGAAUUGUAUUAUUGGAUGAAGAGGAAGGGCAUUGUACAUAAUGCGUGCUCUUAUACUGCUUUAAUUUAUGGGUUUGGUAGAGAAGGUUUGUGGAGAGAUCUUCUUGGUUGUUUAAAUGAAAUGGAGAGUGAUGGAUGUAAGCCUAGUGUAAUAACAUAUACUAUAAUUAUUAAGUUUCUUUGUGGUGAAGGGAGGAUUGCAGGGGCAUUAGAAUUUUUGGCUAAGAUGGAAAGGGAAGGAUGCGAACCAGAUAUAACCACAUACAAUGUGAUUCUUCAUGAACUUUGUCUUCAAGAUAGAGUGGACGAAGUCUUUCGCUUACUUGAUAUGAUUGAGAACAAAGGAUUUUCUCCCAAUUCAUACACAUAUGCUGCUUUGGGCGGAGGCCUGUUAAAAACAGGUAAGAUUGGGAUUGCUUGUGAACUAUUGCUUGAUGUGAUUACAAGGGGCUGCUAUGUGGAUGUUGCUGUGUACAAUAUAUACUUCCAUUGUUUAUGUCAUGAGAAUAGAUCAAAAGAAGCACUGUAUUUAUUGAAGAAAAUGAUGGAAGAAGGUUUAAUGCCUAGUAAUGUGUCAUUUAACACAAUUUUAAAGGGUUUCUGUAGAGAAAAUAACAUUUCAAAGGCUUUGAAGCUCUUGGACUGCUUUAAGUGGGAUGAAAAUGGGCCUGAUGUGAUUUCCUUCAAUACGAUUUUGUCUGUGGCAUGCAAACAGAAAAAGCAUUCCAUGAUCCAGAGGGUAUUGAAUCGUCUGAAGAAUGGAGGUGUUCAGCCUAAUGCUGUUAGUUUGAAUUGUUUGAUUCAGUACUUUUGUAGGGUUGAAAAAUUUUCAGACUGUUUGAAGCUCUUGGAUUACAUGACGUGCAAUGGUUCUAGUCCCACUAUUGUCACUUUUAAUGUGCUGCUAGGCAGCCUUUGCAAGAAUGGUUUAGUUGGAAUUGCACAACAGGUUUUUAAGCAUCUCAGAAACACUGGAUUUUUCCCUGAUACAACUUCUUAUAAUAUUCUUAUUCACGCCUUCAUAAGAGAGGGCAAUAAGGUGAUGGUUAAUCAAUUGGUUAAUGACAUGUACAGCCAAGGACUAAAACCAGAUCUCUUUACCUAUGGGUCCUUAAUUAGUAGCCUCUGCAAGGAAGGAAAGGCAUCUGUUGCUCUUAAGCUGAGGGAUGAAAUGGUAGAGAAUGGGCUUGCCCCAAGUAUUGUAAUUUACAAUACCCUAUUGGAGGCAAUGUUCCAGAGAGGUACUUAUUCAGACGUUUUCUCGUUAUUGAAAAUUCUGGUUCUAGAAGGCUGUCAACCUAAUGAGGCAACUUUUGAGAUCCUUAACCGACCAAUAUGGAAAAGUUGGAUGAAGGGAUCUGUCGAGGUUGCAAAACUUCUGGAGCUUGUGGAUGAAUGCAAAGCUAAUUGAUUUGGGGUCAUUGGCUCCAUAUAAAGCCUUUCUCUUAAGCAGUGAAGAAUUAUUCCAAAAAAAUUAAAAUCUCCAGUCGGGCGGAAAUUCAGCGUAAUCUUCAGAAACGAAGAGGUCAUGGACUGCUAUCUAUACUUCAGCCGAAAUUCAGUGGUGUACUAGAUCACUGUUUAGAAAACAGUUCUGGAGCAAGCAAUAGCCGAUAUGAGCUUCAGGGAAAAUAUGUGUUUCCUGGCACGUGAGAUUGCAACCCAGCUGGAAGGGAAAAGUGUGUCUUGUUGGAAAGGGCAAUGGCUGGGCAUCUGGGUAGUGUCUUAUCUUCUAUGGGGAAGUGGAGAAUGAGACUUGAAGUUCCUAGAGCUGACGUUGCUGAGAUGCUUCCCCUAGCCAGACUUGUUUCUCGAAGUACAGAUCCUGCUGUUCAUUCAAGAUCAAAGGCAGAAUCGCUUUAUUCAAAGUUUGCAGUCAGUGGGAUUAUAUGUUGAAAGCCUUAAAGAACUACUUGAGGUUAUGCGGCGACACUAUACUCCAUUAAAUGAAGUUAUUCUAGAAGACAUCUUCCAGGUUUAACUUAGCAUGGGUCUUGUGAUGCAAGUGGUGGUGUCGGCGAUGGGGAUACAAUUAAUUUGAUUUUCAUGGGGAGGUUUGGGAGUGCGGAACCUUCAGGUGACUCAGCGUGUUCUGGCAGUUGGUGCAAACGGCAGCGACGAUGGUUUGCGCCUGGAAAAGAUGUUUAUUCGAAAAGAUAAUGCCACAAUUCAUGCAGAUGGGACUAUUGUUAGGGUCUAAAACGAAUCUUCACUUUGUUGUUGUAAGUUUUCUUAUCUUUGGUUCAUUAUCUUUGUUUUGUUUGAGAUCUUAAAAUUUUAAAAAGGUUCUGUGGGCCUCCCAUUCCUUGGAGAGACCUUUGAGUUGCUCAUUCCUAGCUACUCUCUUGACCUUAAACCAUUCAUCAAAAGAAGGAUUCAGAGGGACACCAACUAUAUAUCUUCAUAUACUAAUUAGUACUAUUAAUUUGAUUGUAAAUUUCCAUAAUCAUUAUCAAAUUAAUCUAAUUUGGUUUA